UCCAAACCUUUUCCUUCAGCUUCUAUACCCUGCCUUCCAAAACAAUAUUCCACCUCAACACCUUUUCUUAUACAAAACAAUAUUUUCAUAAAACAUAAACCAUGGUGUCAAAACCUGGUUUUUUCUAUGAACAUGGGAACUUUUCAUCAAUCAAAAUCUUCAUACUCUUAAUCCUUAAUUCUAUACUUCACAAAGCCAACUCAGGCUGCAACAACUCUGCUUCCAAUUCCUUAGUUCCAUUUCCACCUCAUGAGAUCCUCUCAUCACUCCAAGCACUGCCUCUAGAUGGCCACUUUAGCCUAAGGGACAAUGGUGAUGCUGCCAAGGACUUUGGCAACAUUCACCAUUUUCCUCCUCUAGCAGUGCUGCAUCCAAAGACAGUUUCUGAUAUUUCACACACCUUAAAGCAUGUUUUUGAAAUGGGGUUUGCCUCAGAGUUGAAGGUGGCUGCUAGAGGCCAUGGCCAUUCCCUUCAAGGCCAGGCUCAAGCACAUGGAGGCCUUGUCAUUAACAUGGAGUCACUGCAGGGUCCUGAAAUGAAAGUCCACAAUGGAGAAUUGCCUUAUGUGGAUGUCUCAGGGGGUGAGUUGUGGAUAAACAUUCUGCAUGAAACUCUUAGACAUGGCUUGGCACCAAAGUCAUGGACAGAUUACCUUCAUCUCACUGUUGGAGGCACUCUUUCAAAUGCUGGCAUAAGUGGUCAAGCCUUCAAACAUGGACCUCAGAUUAAUAACAUCUUCCAGCUUGAAGUGAUCACAGGAAAAGGAGAGGUGGUUACUUGCUCAGCAAACCGAAAUGCUGAUCUUUUUUAUGGUGUUCUUGGAGGGCUUGGUCAAUUUGGCAUCAUCACAAGGGCUAGAAUUUCUCUUGAACCAGCACCCAAGAUGGUGAAAUGGAUUAGGGUGCUCUACUCAGAAUUCUCAACAUUUACUAAGGAUCAAGAGUAUUUGAUAUCACUUAAAAACACAUUUGAUUAUAUUGAAGGGUUUGUAAUUAUAAACAGAACCGGCAUCCUUAACAAUUGGAGAUCAUCCUUUGAUCCAAAAAACCCACUUCAAGCGAGCCAAUUCAUUUCUGAUGGGAAAACCUUCUACUGUCUUGAGAUGGCAAAAUACUUCAACCCUGAUGAAGCUGAAGUCAUGAAUCAGAGUGUUGAUCACCUACUGUCAAAGCUGAGUUACAUCCCUCCCACACUCUUCCUAUCAGAAGUUUCUUACGAGGAAUUCCUAGACAGAGUGCAUGUUUCUGAGAAAAAGCUAAGAGCAAAAGGGUUGUGGGAAGUUCCCCAUCCUUGGCUGAACCUUCUGAUCCCAAGUAGUGAGAUUCACCACUUCGCUGAACAAGUAUUUGGCAAUAUUCUUAAGGACACAAGUAACGGUCCCAUACUCAUUUACCCCGUCAACCAAACAAGGUGGAACAGAAAAACAUCUUUGGUUACCCCCGAGGAAGAUGUUUUGUACCUUGUGGCAUUCCUAUCCUCUGCGGUCCCGAAUUCAACAGGUGCAGAUAGUUUAGAACACAUUCUAGCCCAAAACAAAAGGAUCAUAGACUUCUGCAACCGUGCCCAACUGAGAGUGAAGCAGUACCUUCCCCAUUACAGCACAGAGGAAGAAUGGAAAGCCCACUUUGGGUCACAAUGGGAGGCAUUUGUAGAAAGAAAAAGGGCCUAUGACCCACUAGCCCUGCUUGCCCCUGGCCACAAAAUCUUUCAAAAGGCACUAUCUGCUUCAUGUUAGUUUUAGUGUGAGGUUGUCACCUAUUGGUAAUUAGUAAUUUUUCUCUAA